AUGUACCUGAAUAAGUCAUGCCGGAGCGCUUAUAUCGAUCAUACACUUCGUGGUGUAUUCGCACUUGUUCCAAUCCUCCCACCUCCGGAGCCCCCGUCGCCAUCUCCAAAGCGCUUCCACGGUCGAGCAGCUGCUAGAUCAUUCCGCGAUGACACCGAAGUCGACGAGCUUCGGCUUAGCGAUGUAGGUGAGGAGAGUGUAGAUGAUUCAGCUGAUGAGGCAGCAUUCCUGGCGGUAAGAGCAGCCGCCGCCGGGUUGCAAUGCGCGCAGACGAAGAUGCCAAAGCCGCGUCCAUUGCAACUGGCACAUAUGGCUCCUCUGCCGGGUGUCAGAAUCGGUGCAAUGUACUCUUCUGAAAGGCGUGCAGAACGUACCUUGGUGCGUUACCUGCGCAAUCCCGACAGGUCAAGACGGUCCGGCCUCCUAUGCAAGAUGUAUGCUCCGGGUCCAGGUUCAGCGACGACAUAG